AUGUCUACACACCACGACCCCACACUUGAUCUGCCCCGGCUUCUCUGUCUCCACGGCGGGGGAACAAACGCUCGAAUCUUUACCAUGCAAUGUCGCGUCCUCUCCUUGCAUUUGAAACCUUAUUUCCGUCUCAUAUUUGCCGAAGCACCGUUUGAAUCUGGUGCCGGGCCCGAUGUUACAAGCGUCUAUGGAGACUGUGGACCUUUUAAACGCUGGCUGGGCUGGUUACCAGAACAUGAAGUGAUAAAUACACGUGAUGAGGUGAUUGCUAUCGAAGAGAGUAUUGAGAAAGCGAUGAGAGAGGAUGAUGCUAAAGGAGCUACCGGGGAAUGGGUAGGAUUGUUGGGAUUCAGUCAGGGGGCGAAGAUAGCUGGGAGCUUGUUGUUGAGGAGGCAGAUCAGAGAAGAAGGGGGAAGGGACUUGGAGGGUCAUGAUUGGAGAUUUGCGGUUUUGAUGGCGGGCAGACCGCCAUUGAUUAGUAUGGAGAGAGAUCAGGAUAGAUGGGGACCAGUGGAUGAGAAUGACGUUUUGACUUUACCAACUAUUCAUGUUCAUGGAUCCAAAGACCCGGGAUUGGAGUUACAUCAAGAAUUGCUCAAAAUUUGGUGCGAGAAAGGAAGUGCGCAAGUGAUUGAAUGGGAUGGCAAUCAUAGAAUUCCGAUCAAAACUGGAGAUGUCGAAGCUGUGGUAAAUCCACUGCUCGAAUUAGCGGAACAGCUGGGUGUUUUGACAGUCGACCUGCCUGUCUGA